AUGGAACAACCAGCUCAUCACGGACUCAACGCCGUGCAGAACCCUUCAAGGCGGCUGCUCUUCUUGAUCUGCCCGGGCGGCUAUAGUUUUGUCCAACAAUACCCAACCGUGCUCGCCCGCCUGGCCACCUGGGCCCGACUCGUCUGCGUGACUAGCGAAGCCGACUUCGUGAGUAAAUGGAACGUCUGGAUCAACGACCCGACGUACCGCGUGGCGGGCUUUGUCCUGGUCGAUGGCGCGGUUUUCCAGCCAAUGUGUCGAUCCUUGAUGCGGAGGCUGAUCGAGCUCCCGCGUUGCAUCAUCCCCUAUCAGCGCCCGCUCACCUCCUCUACGCCCGGCAACACUCGUCAGUACGACCAGACACCCAACCCGGACUUCCGCUACGCGGUGGCCCUGAACGCCGCCCUCUGGGCUGGCAGCCACCCCACCGCGUUCAACCACUGGCUGGCCGAGACCUGGCAUGUCCUGUGGGAGGUCAUGCCGGGCGUCAGCGCCGCGGCCGCGGAGUUCUCUCUGGGGCGGGUCGCGCGCGAGACCGGGGACCUGAUCGUCGACGCGUGGUUCGGGGGGGCCUUCGAGUCGCGGGCCGUGUUCGUGACGGGGCCCUCCGAAGACCCCAUCGACAUCUGGAACCGCGACUCGGUUUUGCAGACGUCCGAAGAUGUCCUCCUGCGGACCCGCGAGGAAGCCGACGCAGAGUAUCAAGCACGCAUGGCCGCGCCGCAGACAACGACCGGCCGGCCCGCGUGGGACAGCGGGGUCUUGUGCCCGGAUGUGGAGCCCAUCUACACCCGGAGCACCGACGAGACCCCGGUGACCUACCUCCUACGUCCGCUGCAACAGCCCCCGCGUCGUCGUCGUCGGCGAGAAGGAGGAAGAGAGCUCCCCCGCAUUCUGCAGGAGCACUGUGCGGCGACGCUCAACAUCAGCAUUCCCGUCGGGGCCUCGCAUAGGGCCGCCGUUGCAUUCAUCGGGGUCAUCGACGACAUUCCCGAGGUCGGAGGCCUGAUCCUUGAUGUCUGCAACGUCCACGACGGGGUGAUCCAAUGGGUCGCGCCCGAAUCCCCGGUGUCCGAACCCCCGGUGUCCGAAGCCAGAGACGAGCCACUCGUUGCGGAGCAUGAGAUCGUGUGGGAGGGGACUCCAGCAACCUUCUGA